AUGGAGGAAUCUCCACCGCCGACCGCCGCCGAUUUCCUCCCGCUUCUCCUCUCUCCUCUGAAGCCCAACAUUAAGGUGGCUGAUUGGGAGCACCGUCGCCGGAGCUCUGAGAUUCCGGACCUCAAUCUCGAUUAUGUCCUCCGUCGGGAACCGACCUCCGAUUCCAACCGCCCUGUAACCUCCUUGGAGAAAGAAUCGAGUGCUGGGAAUCAAGCUCCGAAGUCAGAACAAAUCUCGCUGCUAGACCGGCUUGCUCUGACCGCACCCGUGCCCUGCUACUUCUUCAGGUACGGGCUCUGCACCAAAGGCGAUGAAUGCUCCUUCUCCCAUGGCGCCGCCCCCACCACUACUGAUCAUGUCAGACCACCUCCGCCGCCGCCGCAACCUCGCCAGCUUAGCAACAACUCAUCCUUGCCCAACGACAACAGGAAAAGUACCACCCUCGAGGUAUCUGCCAAUGCCUAUUCUAGUGCCGAUCACCAGCAGCAACCAACCGGGAGAGGUAAGGAUGAGACCACGGUGGAGGAGAAUGUGGUGGAGGAGAGGAGCUCGUUGAGGAUGUUCAAGGAGAGACUGCUGGCUCGUCCAUUGUCGUCCGGAGGGAAAGGGUUUUUCGAUCUUCGGGAGCAAUUGAGGAAGCGGAAGGCUGGAGAUUUCAAAGGGCCGAAGAGCCUUGCUCAGAUCAGAGAAGAGAAGAGAAGAAGGGCAGAGGAGCAAAAUGGUCAAGGCCAAAAUGAGGAUGAAGUGAGUUGUGUGGACUGUGGAGUAGCGUAG